CUGUCAGCUUCGCACAGGGCAUUGUUUGAGCCCGUCAGCCUCGUUAGAUGACUCUUGCGGCUGAGGGAAGGUGCAGGGGCUUGUGAGGAUGGAGAACGUCGCGGACGAAUCAAAAGCCGGCAGUUGCGGCGAUGGUGUUAUGGAGCCAAUCCCCGUAGACGAGAGAGACAAGGGGAAUGCAUCCUGCAGUGACCGUACCGAAAUUGCUCACUCGUGCGGCCGUCCCACGACAAGCAUUCUCUGUCCCGACAGGGGCGCAGACGCAACUGUUACACCCUCAAUGGUGCCAACAGGAUUGUCAGAAGGAGCGCCGGCAACGCCAUCGUGCAAUAAGGGCAGUGGUAGCGGUGAGGCAGACGCAGCCUUUUUAGCCCCUCACAGGGCUUGCUGGCUGUCGCUGAGGGCGGAGUUACCCCGUCCGUCCACGGCCGAACUACCCCGCCCCCGUGCUGCGUCUCUUGCUACCAGCGGUCGCGCCACGAUCAGCCCCAGACGUGGUCCCACUUCCGCCACUCCUCGCUCUGCUACUCCUCCACUGCCUCCUCCGCCUCCCUCCCUUCUCCGCCCACCCACUCCGCCCACCCUCCCCCGCCGCCACCACCGCAGCGGGUCCCUGGGCGCGCUGCCAGGCGCAGCGCGGACAGACAAGCACGCGCUGACCCCUCUGCACCCCCAUUGGGCGACUUCCCGCCUGUCGCUGCCGUCUUCUCCUGCAUGGUCGCCCAACAGGCUCCCCGCUGCUCAGGCCUCUCACACGCACUCUUGCACUCCCCCUGCUGCCCGUCCCCCUCUCCCCAUUCCCUCUCCUACGGCCACUCCCUUCCACUCCCCUUCACAUGCCCCAUCUCCUUGGUUCUCGUCCUCCUCGGGCCCUGACCCACUUCCUCCCAACCCCGCCUCCCUCUGUGGUGCUUCCGGUCCCCCGUGCGGCCUGGGCACGUGGGAGUCAACUUAUAGUGCUGUUGAGAGCAAUGAGGUUAGCAGCAGGGGCGGUGCUGCUGAGGGGGAUGAGCAGCAGGAAGGGGAAGUGGAAGAGCUGCAACAGCAGCAGCAGGGGCGGUGGCAGCACCAGCGGUCGCAAUCAUGGGGAGGAGAGCAGAGAGGCUGGGGAGGGUUCAGGUGCGGGAUGUGGGGAGCUGGAGCAGGUGACGAGCACCCUGGAGAGGACUGUGCGGCCGGUGAGCUUCCUUGGGUGGUGAUGUCUGGUCAGGGGAGUUGUGCUGCUCGCGGGGCCAAGAUUGAAGGCCACUGCUUCACCUUUGGUUCGGGGAUGUUUGGAUUCAGUCCUUUGUCACUGAGUGGCAGUGCCAAGCAGGGUGUCGUGGUGCGCAGCCCGAGCCUGCCGUCCUCUUUCUUGCAAGCAGCCGCUGACGCUGUGAAGGCCAAACUUGCUGCUGCGGGGCAGCUCCCUGAGCUCAAGGCACGUAGUGACGUGGUGAGCAGGGAGGCUUCAGGCGGGGAGGCAUGUGUCUCCAUGGAAGGGAACAGAGAGGGGGAGUCCAGGUAUGGUGGGGGAAGGAAACAAGCAGCAGGGGAAGGAGUGGAGGUGCAAACAGGAAGCUGUUCUGGGAAAAAUGCAAGCCAUAUUCAGCAAAACGGUGGAUCCAUUGUCUCCACAGAUUUGACCCAUUCAGCUGGGCAUGGGCCACACUGCAGUUCAUCUUUCUCCCUUGGCCCUGCACACCUUGUGAAAUCAGAGCAAGCAGCUGGUACUAGAUUUCAGCCCUAUUCGCCCCUGCCUCACCAAGAAGGGGACGUGAAUCCUCUUUCCUCCCACUCUCCUUCCAAUGCUCUCGAUUCUUCCUUGGCUCAAGCAAUUUCCCCCACGCCCUCGAAGCCUCCAUCCAUCCCUUCCAUCCUACAGCCUGAGAACCUUGUGUUAUGGGGACAGUACAACUAAGUAGGUGCAUUGCUGACGGGCUUACAUGUUUGUUGUACAAAUAUACAAGUGUGUGUAUCAAUUUAACGUCCCAUU